UCCCACCGGAGAUCCCUCCGAAUCUUCCCCUCCUUCACAUCCUCUCCUUCUCAAUCCUCCCAUUUUCACUUUGUACAUAUUAAAUUGUCUCAACUCUUUGCUGUGUAGAACGCAAAAACAAAAACAGCUUGUAGUGGACUAGCUAAAAGAUCCUUCAAAUAUUCUUAUUAUGUCUUCUUUUUGUGUACAUAAAACCUGAAAAUUGAAACACAAAAACAAGAGAACAGAAACAAAAAUGAGAUCUUUGAAUUCGCGGUUUGUGCUUAUAGACAUUAACAGUUCAUGGCACGCAGCCAACAAGAUGAUUCCAAUCUCAACUAUGAGUUACCUCAACACCUCAAUCUCGUCGUCAUUUCGUCGAACGCGUCGUGGCCGUAAAACAAUCUUUUCUCAGAACUCACCACCGCCGUCGAUUCAGUCACCGAGCUUCAGACGGCCGAGCGAUCGGGUCGCGUCUAGAAAUGGGUUGGUGGCGGAUUCUCAAAACUCGGAUUCGACUUCGAGGUCCGUGGGAGAUAAUGAGCUGGAGUUGUUUAUUGAAUUGUUGCCAUUGAAAAUGAGAAGGGGUUUGUGUAUGCAUAAGGAUCUUGGUGAGUUGAUUGAGGUGGUGAUGGACUUGGGAAGAAAGCCUCUUGCUCGGUUCCCUUCUGGGGAUUGGGUGAUCUCAGAACAAGUUGUGAAGCAUGAAGAUUUAAUGCAUGCAAUAUCUAAGGUUGGAGAUUUCGCAGACGAUAACCGCUCGGGUAUUGAUAGAUCUUUACAUCGAAUAAGUGCAAUUCGAAACCGUAAAAUGCAAAUCAUUGGUCUCACUUGUCGGGUGGGUCGAGCAGUAUCUGGAAGUGCUGAGAUCCUGCGGGACUUGGUCGAAGGGGGAGGAUCCAUCUUGGUCAUAGGUCCUCCCGGAGUUGGUAAAACAACCUUUAUCAGAGAAAUAGCUAGAAUGUUGGCAGAUGAGCACAUGAAGCGCGUUGUCAUUGUAGAUACAUCAAAUGAGAUUGGAGGUGAUGGAGAUGUACCUCAUGCAGGAAUCGGUCGUGCAAGAAGGAUGCAAGUUCCUAAUGUUAAUAUGCAGCAUAAUGUUAUGAUUGAAGCAGUUGAAAAUCAUAUGCCUGAGACCAUCAUAAUUGAUGAAAUAGGAACAGAGCUUGAAGCAUUAGCUGCCAGCACUAUUGCACAACGAGGAGUCCAGCUAGUUGGAACAGCACAUGGAAUGACUAUAGAGAACAUAAUUAAGAAUCCUUCUCUCCAGAACCUUGUUGGGGGCAUAGAGAGUGUAACUCUUGGUGACGAGGAAGCAAAGAAAAGGAAAGUACAGAAGACAAUUCUUGAAAGGAAAGGGCCUUCUACUUUUACAUGUGCUGUUGAAUUGAUAUCUAGGACUGAAUGUCGUGUUCAUCACAGAUUAGAUGCAACGGUAGAUGCUAUACUGGCAGGGAAAUCUCCUCUCUUUGAGGUUCGCAAAAUGGAUGCUGAAAAUGAUGAUCCUCUGAAGUUUACUCCCAUAUUUAGAGAGAGCUAUCUAGAAGAAUCUGAACUGACUAUAAAUGAAGACAAAAGUUCUGAAGUGGAAUCUGAUGAAGAAGAUGAAGAUUAUUCUCCGAUUCACUUCAAGAAACAGAAUGCUAAGAAAUCUUUGAUCAAGAGGAGCUUGCCAGUAUGCGUCUAUACAUAUAAGAUCUUAGAAGCCGAUCUACUACAAGUAGCAAAAGUAAUGGGGCUAGAGGACGAGAUUGAUGUCACUGAUGACAUUGGAACAGCAGAUGCAAUUCUUGCAUCCAGUACCGAAAUGAAGCAGAACCCAUGGAUCCGUGGAGUUGCUAAAUUCCACCAAUUGCCAAUAUUUGUUAUCAAGUCAAAUGCCAUGGCACAAAUGGUCAAGGCAGUUCGUAUGAUUCUCGGGAUGGAAUCAUUUGGCUCAAAAUCAAAACAGACCCUCAAAGGUUCCUUUGACAUUGAAAUUGAAGAUGAUGCACCAAAAAGAAAACCCACCUUGGAAGAGAUUGAUGCCUUGGAGGAGGUACGCCUAGCAAUUGAAUAUAUUGUAAUUCCUGGAGGGGAGCCAGUGGAGCUUCUCCCACGACGCUCUGAAAUAGUUGCGCGGCAGCUUGAGCUUGUGAAGAGCUAUCAUUUGGCCGCAGAAAAUUCAGGUACAGAAUUGAAUCCUAGGUUGCAGAUUCUUCCACUGAGAUUAAACAAGAAGUUUUCUUCUAAAUCUUCCAAAUCUGGUUCAACUUUACAAAAGGAAACAUCCCAAAAAUCACUAACCAGCAGUGAUGGAGGUACCAGUGUCACCAGGCUGCCACUCUUGCCUGAAUAAUUCAACCAUCUCUUCAAAUGCAACAUAUGUCAAUCUUUUGGUUGAUACAUACACCGAUUCAUGUACAUAAUGUAAUUAUUUAACCUUGUGAAAUACUGUGAUAACAAUUUGUUGUCAUUUCGUCUCCAUUUUAAGGAAUGAAAACUUUAACACAA